CGGUGCCCGAUGCGACUAUAACUUUACAGCGUAGCCCUGGUAACACUGAAUCAUGAACUCCUUCUCCCGCAUAAAGUAAACCGGUGAAGAGCCAUUAAAGAAGACUUUUAUAGCUUUCUUUGCUAUUUGUGGCACUCUUCUCCAAAAACCACAGAUCUGAUUUUAUCCAAUUCGCAUCAGAUUCUCCCAAUUCACAGGGUUUUGUGAUUUUAUGCGUGGAGUUUGAUAGUCUGGAAUCCAAAUAUUGAAUGGCUUCGUCAUCGAGCCCACCGGAAUUUGACUACUUGUUCAAGUUGUUGAUGAUUGGAGAUUCUGGAGUCGGCAAGAGUAGUCUGCUUCUGAGUUUCACUUCCGACACCUUCGAAGAUCUCUCUCCUACUAUUGGUGUGGAUUUUAAGGUAAAACAUGUUUCUGUUGGGGGAAAAAAGUUGAAGCUUGCAAUUUGGGAUACAGCUGGACAGGAAAGAUUCAGGACAUUAACUAGUUCAUAUUACAGAGGAGCUCAAGGAAUAAUAAUGGUUUAUGAUGUAACACGACGAGAAACAUUUACGAAUCUAUCUGAUAUAUGGGCUAAAGAAAUUGACUUGUACUCAACAAAUCAGGAUUGCAUCAGGAUGCUUGUUGGCAACAAAGUUGAUAAGGAGAGUGAAAGGGUUGUCACCAAAAGAGAGGGAGUUGACUUUGCUAGGGAAUGUGGAUGCCUUUUCAUUGAAUGUAGUGCAAAAACUCGGGCCAAUGUGGAGCAAUGCUUUGAGGAACUUGUUCUGAAGAUUUUAGAGACUCCCAGUCUUUUGGCUGAGGGCUCAACUGGUGUCAAAAGGAACAUCUUUAAACAAAAACCUCCAGAGGCUGCUGAUGCAUCAGCUAGCGGGUGUUGCUCCAGAAUACUUCACAAGUAUGGUCUAUGGUUUCUGCAAGAUGCAUAUAUUGUUCCGAAAUUUAGUUUUGACGUCCCAACAUUUGAAGCUGCAUUCAUGAGGGGCAAUGUUGUCAUUUUAAAUUAUGACAGAGGCAAUUUAAAUGUAGAUAAUACACGAACGCCUAUACAAUAUAUAAUUAUACACACACAACACACACAUAUACAAAAUACAAAAUACAAAAAGUUGAAUGCGGCGAGCAUGAACAUUGAGGAUUCUUUCUCCUCCACCUCUGCCACCGAUCUGACGACGAGCUCUUCCCUCCCGCCCGGUGCCCCACCCGCUACUCCUGCCGGGGAUGUCGAGGUGGACCCACCACCUCCUGCGGCGGAGCCAUCAAAGUCAUCGCCGUCGCCACUUCAACCAAAAGUACAACCAAAUAUCAUGAUUCCAUCCAGAGAUCCCAAUGCGCUCUUCAGCGGUGGUGGUAUCAGCUUUCUUACUGGAAACGGCAAUGCGAGGUUCAGCUAUGGAUAUUCCAGUUUCAAGGGUAAAAGGGCUUCAAUGGAGGAUUUCUAUGAGACAAGGAUAUCAGAAGUUGAUGGUCAGAUGGUUGCUUUCUUUGGUGUGUUUGAUGGUCAUGGUGGUUCCAGGGCUGCAGAAUACCUUAAGAACAACCUUUUCAAGAAUUUAAGUAGCCAUCCGGAUUUUAUUAAAGACACAAAGUCUGCUAUUGUUGAAGCAUUUAAACAGACAGAUGUCGAUUAUCUUAAUGAAGAAAAAGGCCAGCAAAAAGACGCUGGUUCAACUGCAUCAACUGCCGUUCUGCUAGGGGAUCGGCUGCUUGUCGCAAAUGUCGGAGAUUCCAGAGUAGUUGCUUGUAGAGCUGGUUCAGCUGUGCCUUUGUCUAUUGAUCACAAACCUGAUAGAUCUGAUGAACGCCAAAGGAUUGAAAAGGCUGGAGGUUUCAUCAUAUGGGCAGGGACAUGGCGAGUUGGCGGUGUUCUUGCUGUUUCUCGUGCAUUUGGAGACAAACUACUUAAGCCAUUUGUCGUAGCUGAUCCAGAAAUUCAGGAAGAAGAAAUUGAUGGUGUAGACUUUUUAAUCAUUGCAAGUGAUGGACUUUGGAAUGUUCUAUCAAAUAAGGAUGCUGUGGCUAUGGUGCAGGAUAUACCAGAUGCAGAAGCAGCAUCAAGAAAACUUAUAGAAGAAGCCUAUGCAAGAGGGAGCUCUGACAACAUCACUUGUGUAGUAGUUCGAUUUGAGAGCCCGUGACAACACAUAUGAAUGUCGUGCUUUAUCUUUCGUGUCUCAUCAUCGUAAAUUGGAAGUGGAAUACUCAUUUUAUCAGAAUUGCGCUCUUAAAAUCAUGCAGGUUUUUAAAAAACCCCGGAAGGAGGACCCGAGCCACAGUACAUGAACAGGCUUCAAAUUUAUUGAUCUUUGCCUAUUAUAUCUUGAUGACCAUAUAAGUUAUUAGUGUGAUGGCUGAGUUCUCAAGUUUUGGAUUAUGAUUUUAUUUUAUCAAUGUAAUUCUGAUGAGUUCGUAUCUCUCUGUGGGAAAUUGUAAGUUUGGUGUCGUAUUAUUGCAUAUCACUCUGGUCAUCUCAUGAUUGUCUCAAUGGGCAGUUAUAUUUGGCCUACUUGAAGAUGACGAUAUGAUAAAUUAAAUUGUUCAUUGCUACAA